UUUGAGAAAUCAUUGUACGACCUGAUAAAAGGUCUUCGAAAUCAUAAAGGCAGUGAAGAUGAGUACAUUCAAGGUAGCCUGCGUGAAUGCAAGGCCGAGAUUAAGUCGCAGGAUAUAGACAAGAAGGCAACUGCACUCUUGAAGCUUAUAUACCUUGAAAUGUUCGGGUACGAUAUGUCAUGGGCAUCUUUCCAUGUGCUGGAAGUCAUGUCAUCUGCGAAGUACCUCCAAAAGCGAGUGGGAUAUCUCGGUGCCGUUCAAAGCUUCCGACCAGAUACCGAGGUCCUGAUGCUGGCUACUAAUAUGUUGAAAAAGGACAUCGUAUCUCCCAACAUACCUGCCCUGUCCCUUCCAUUAGCCACACUGCCGCAUAUCAUUACGCCUUCGCUUGCCAUGUCCUUAUUACCCGAUAUUCUGUCUCGACUCUCGCAUUCAAGUGCAGUGGUUCGCAAGAAAACCAUAGUGUGCCUUUAUAGACUUGCUCUAGUAUACCCGGAUGCAUUGAAGCUGGCAUGGCCAAAGAUCCAAGACCACCUCAUGGAUGACCAGGAAGAUAGUAGUGUGACUACGGCUGCUAUCAAUGUCGUCUGUGAGCUCGGUUGGAGGAGGCCCCAUGAUUUCCUACCUCUGGCCCCGAGGCUUUUCGAGCUGUUGGUGGACAGUGGCAACAAUUGGAUGGCGAUCAAGAUCAUCAAACUAUUUGCCACCUUAACCCCUUUAGAGCCUCGCCUGACUCGAAAGCUGCUGCGUCCAUUGACAAAUAUCAUACAAACUACGACAGCAAUGUCCUUACUCUAUGAGUGUAUAAAUGGCAUCAUUCAAGGAGGCAUUUUAGACAUCGAGGACAACUUACAAGAAACUGAUGAAAUUGCGGCCCUCUGUGUUGGAAAACUACGAGGGAUGAUCGUUAUGGACUCCGAUCCCAACUUGAAAUAUGUAGCACUCCUGGCAUUGAACCGCAUUGUGACGACACAUCCCAUGUUAGUGUCCAUGCAACAGCAUGUUAUCAUGGACUGCCUGGACGAUCUUGAUGUCUCUAUUCGGCUGCAGGCACUAGACCUUGCAGCCGGAAUGGUUACUAGUGAUAAUAUUCAGAUUGUUGUGAAUCGUCUCGUUGACCAGCUUCGCCUAGCUUCUUCGCGAGACACGACCAAUAUCGAGGCAGCACUGGGAGAACGCACUAGUGAUGGACCCGAAGCCCACAGAGACUCAAUUUCAAGCAAUUUGGUGGAUACGCUUAGUAUGCCUAACACCUAUCGCUCGGAAGUCAUUCAUCGAAUUGUCGAUAUGUGUUCCCAGAACAAUUAUUCUGAACUCGUUGAUUUUGAGUGGUAUGUUAGUAUCUUGAUUCAACUAGUUAAACUUCUUCCACCUGCAGACACAGAUGAAUAUUGGUCUGAACCCCCUGUGAGCGACCAAGAUGACUUGAGCGGCUUGAAAACUACCGUCGGAUUUCGAAUCGGGUCGGAACUUCGCAAUGUUGCCGUUCGUGUGAAAGGAGUACGACAAGAGGCUACCCGAGCAGCUGAGUCACUUCUGCUCAUCGACAAUAAGUCGAUACUAUUCCCUGCAACAAGUGCUAGUAACGGUGUCUUGGGCCAUGUUGCGUGGGUUUCAGGAGAAUAUGCAGAUUAUCUUAAGUCGCCAAGCCGCACCCUGCAGUCCCUGAUUGACUCGUCCACCGUCUCUUUGCCAUCCGAAACCCUCCAACUAUUUUUACAAGCUAUUCCAAAGGUGCUCAUUCGAGUGAUUCGAUCUUGCGAGGUGCAGGAGACAUGGAAAGGCGAAAUAUCUCUCCUCCUAGCGAGGGUCAUACAUUUCAUGGAGACUUUAGCAGCCCAUCCGGACUUGGACGUGCAAGAGCGAGCCAUUGAGUUCUUGGAGGUCCUUCGUCUGGCAGCUGAAUCGCUGCAAUCGGAAUCAGAGGGAAUGCCGUUUCUUCUGACUUCCAUCAUUCCUAACUUAUUCACAGGGUUGGAUCUCAACCCAGUUGCGGCUAGUGCCCAGAAAAGGGUUGUCUUGCCUUCGGACUUAUGCCUGGAUAAAGCCUUCAAUGAUAAUCUUCCAGAUCUUUUCCAAGACAUUGACAGCUCCUCGAUGGGCACUGAGCAUUAUGAUACCAUUCAGCAGUUCUAUUAUGUUUCGGACCCUACUCCGGCGACCCAAAAGAUGCCUCAUAUACAGGCGACCCCUACUGAGCUACAGCUUGACACUUCCUAUCAAAGUUCCUAUGGUGGCGAAACCGACUACUUGAAUAGUCUAGAUAGGAAAAGAGCAGACAGAAGAGAACGCUAUCGAGAUGAUCCAUUCUACAUUGCACCAGUGGACGCAUCGUCUAUCACAUCCUCGCCUCGUCGAGGUCUUCCUCCCUCCGCGGGGGGUGAUACAUUGGACAUCGACUCAAUUCCCAUCGUCGAUUUGAAGCUGGACGGUGCGCCUUCCGGAGUAAAGGCUCUAGGCGUCCAGGAGAAUUACCGAGCUCAUGCUAUAUCAAGGAUGGAGGUUGCUACAGAUGAAAAUUUUGGACCCGAGGGGCUGGUGUCCCAUGCGCCUUUAGCCAGGGUUCUGGGAGAGUCAGGCCCCAAGCGGUCCCUACUCCAGGUGGAUUCUAGUGGGCUUGGGAAUUUCACAUUGGAUGCACAAGAUGGUCAAACUGGCCAAGACCCUUCGCUGGCUGGGGAUAGCGGUGAUGCCGAGAUGAUGAAAGCAAUGCAAAAUGUGGAGCAGGUGCGUCUUCGUAUGCAACGAGCAUCAGAGCGAAUCCAACUGGAGGGGGGGGCCCUCCGAGGGAACUCUCGUGAGAAAGAAGAAGAAGAAGAAGAAGAUGGUGGGAGAGGACAAUGA